ACAUGGAUGUUUCCUUAUUAGCCAAAAUUCAAAUCAAUUGAGCCAUUUCUUGUUUGGUCACUUUCAUUGAAAGGCAAAGAAGAUUAUGAUUUACAACUACAAAUUAAACAUAGUCUUUUAUUCAAUUUUGUAUAGAGAUAAACUCAAAACGUCAUACUUAAAACAGUUUUAUUGUUGACUCCAUGUCCAUGGCAUUGUCAUCUAAUGAAAAAAUCUUAUGGUGCCGGCGAUGGAUUUUCAAAAUUUUAUAUAUAUAUAUAUAUAUCUGAACAUAUUAUAUUUUCUUUCCAACCACCACCACCAGUUCCAAGCAUCAAUAUGGAAAUUUCUGAGUAAUUUUCUACUGUUUACUGAAUACAAAUUUGUGGGCUAACUGCUUGUCAAAUUGAAUCAAGUCUAAAUCUUCUCCUCCAGUUGUUCAAAUAUUAUUGCUUUUGGUGUAAAGUUAGGAACCAAUUUGCUCUCAAACUAGGAAUGUUGACCAAGAUAGAUACACUUGUAUCUAUGCUUUUUCUAAUGGUACUCCUCUUGGCAAUCUCUACCCCUGUCAGUGCAGAACCUCAAUCAACUGCUUGUCAAGAUGAUACGAAUGUGAUGAAUUAUACUCUCAAUAGCCCAUUUGAAAAAAACCUCAAGCACCUUCUUGAUACCAUAUCUUCUAGUACUCCUCAUAAUGAAGGCUUUUAUAACUCCUCAAUUGGAAAUGAUAGUAACCAAGUUUACGCGCAAGCACUUUGUAGAGGGGAUGUCACUCCCAGAGUUUGUCAGAAGUGUGUUGAGAAUGCAAGCCAAGAGAUCAUGGAGGAGUGCACAAGUCAAGCUGCAAUUAUAUGGUAUGAAAAAUGUCAAAUUCAAUACUCGUACCUGAUGUUCUUUUCGACCCGGCAGGCUUUCACUGGAAAGUAUCCAGAUUGGAAUAAAAAGAUGAGAACUGUGUCAGACCCCAUUCCUUUCAGUGCAGCUCUUAAAAGUUUCAUGAAAAACCUUUCAACUAAGGCCGCAUUUGAUCCUUCUAAGCUCAUGUUCGCAACUGGAAACAUCAAGUUUUCAAGGACAGAAAAGAUAUAUGGGCUUGUGCAGUGUACGAGGGACAUCUCUCCAAGUGACUGCAGUAUUUGUUUGGAUUUUACCUUGGCAGAUCUUGAAGGAUGCUGCUAUUCUCGUGAAGGUGGAACUGUUUUUAACAGAAAUUGUAAUGUGAGGUUCGAGCUGUACAAAUUUUUUGAUGACUCAACCGACAAUGCAGGGGGCAAAUGGAGGAUUUGGGUUGCUGUAGCAGUACUUUGCGUAUCAACAUUUGUGUUAGCAGUAUUAAUUUGGUACUGUGCCAUUCAUUGCAGAAAGAGGAGGAAGAGAACACAGAAAGAUGAGGAAAAGAGCGAAAAUGCAUUUUUACAUGACUUGGCAACUCCAACUGGUGUUACAAUUACACAGCAAGGUGACUUAGUUGGCUCUCAGGAAUUGUCCUUCAUGGAGUUGUCAACAAUAGUGGCAGCUACCGACAACUUUGCUGAUUCAAAUAAACUUGGACAAGGUGGUUUUGGCAGUGUUUUCAAGGGUGUGUUACCAAAUGGGAAGGAAAUAGCAGUGAAAAGACUGUCAAGGAAGUCAUGGCAAGGAUUAGAGGAGUUCAAGAACGAGGUCAUAUUGAUUGCUAAACUUCAACACAGAAACCUCGUGAGACUCGUGGGAUGUGGCAUAGAGGGAGAAGAAAAGCUGCUCGUAUAUGAGUACAUGCCCAACAAAAGCCUUGAUAUGUUCAUAUUUGAUUCAGAAAAACGCUCACAACUUGAUUGGGAGAUGUGUCAUAACAUUAUCAAUGGAAUUGCCCGAGGACUACUCUAUCUUCACGAGGACUCGAGGCUAAAAAUCAUACAUAGGGACAUGAAGCCUAGUAAUGUGCUCUUGGACCAUGAAAUGGUUGCAAAGAUUUCAGAUUUUGGAAUGGCGAGGAUUUUCUGUGAAAACCAAAAUACAGCCAACACCAGAAGGGUUGUAGGAACAUAUGGAUACAUGGCUCCUGAGUAUGCAAUGGAGGGACUGUUUUCUGUUAAAUCUGAUGUCUUUAGUUUUGGAGUGAUUUUGCUCGAGAUCGUGAGUGGGAAAAAGAACAGUGGUUUUCAUUUAACUGGACAAGCUCAGACUCUUCUUGCAUAUGCUUGGCGACUAUGGAAUGAAGAUAGAGAACUGGAAAUUAUAGAUCCAUUGUUGACUGAAUCAUGCCCCAUGGUGGAGGUUGUAAGAUGCAUUCAUAUUGCGCUCUUGUGUGUCCAGGAAGAUCCAGCAGACAGACCUACCAUGUCAUCUGUAGUUGUUCUGUUGGGAAGUGAAUCAUUAACACUUCCGGAACCAAGACAACCUGCAUUUUCUGUGGGGAGAGUUGUUCAAAUUGAUCAACCUUCAUCAACAGAUGCUUCUGUAAAUCAGCUUACGAUUUCUAGUAUAUCUGCGCGGUAAGUGCUGCCACAUCAAAUUGUGGCACACCCCGGUUAUAAAAUUGAACUAAACUCCAACUCAAUGUGGCAUAUUGUAUAGUGCAAUGCCAUUUUGCACUUGUAACCAUGUGUUGAUCACUGUAAGACAUUUAGGUUUAUGCUCUCCCUCUUUUGUCACUACUUCUAAAAAGGAGACAGUAUAGUCAUAAUCAGGUAUCAUAAGGGCUCUAUUUUCUACCUGCAGCAAGAUGAAAACAAAAAUCCAAAUUCCUAGGGGUGAAAAUUUUACUGAUCUAUAUUUGCAUUGUUUGCGCAAUAAAAUGACAUGCUGCCAUAUGUAUCAAUUGAGGCAUGCCAUUUGGAAAGAAGGAAUUCUCAACCCUUCCAAUAGGUAGAAAUUUAUCAGAAGUUAGAUAAAGUAUCUUUUUAAAAUAGGAUGGUUUGUAUAUGCUAUCAGAAACAAUUUUUUUCUAAUUCAGUGUAUUGGUGCAUUUGUAAUUAAUAAGAUUUCAAUAAAAAAACAAGAUCUUGUAAAUCUCAAUGUAU